AUGAUAUCGUUUCGACUGCCCAUCAGGCUCUGACUUGACUGGAAGACGCCUGCGCUGAGUCACAUACCCAAGCUCCAUACGCAUCAAAGUACUAAGUCCUUGCCCCAGACCAAUCUCCCAAUCGAGCUCGAAGACAUCAGACGCACAAGCGAGGACGAGCGACUUUCAGCACAAUGGCUUCCUUUCUUUCGCAAGCGUCCUCGUACUUCGGCCGCACGAACAUCAGUGCCAACUAUACAGUUGACGAGAAGAUUCCGGCAGUCUACGCAGGCCUAUGGAAGAUACAAAGAGCUCAUCGCAGUGGAUCAGCACCAGCAAAUGGAGCUGGUCCAAGCAGCUCUGCUGGCGGUGCCACAUCGGAUGGCAGGACGACUGUCAGCAUUUGGACGCACACGUUCACAAGCCGGGGCGGGGAGCGGCAGGCGAUCGCAGAGACGUUGAAGAAAGAGGCCUCCUCACUGACUCGCUUGAGGCAUCCAUGCGUUCUCGAGACGCAAGAGCCGUUGGAGGAAACGAGGAACGAGCUGAUUUUUGCAACGGAACCGGUGCUCGCGCCUUUGUCGGAAGCACUGAUGGCCAGCGAAUCAUCAGGAAGAGCAUCGGAUAAUGUGCAGCUAGAUGAGGUGGAGAUUCAGAAGGGCUUGCUGCAGGUGGCUCGGGGGCUGGAGUUCCUGCACUCCGCGAAGAUGAUUCACGGCAACCUAACCCCUGAUGCAAUUCUGAUCAACGCCAAGGGCGACUGGAAGCUUGGAGGUUUCUCCUUCUUGACCCCUGUGAUGCGACCAGACGGAACGCCGAGCCCUUGCAUUCUCGACUAUGAUCCAUCUCUGCCUCCUCAACUGUCACGAGACUUCAAUUUCGUUGCGCCUGAGUACGCUUUGGACGACAAGCUCGAUUCAGGCAACGACAUGUACUCGCUCGGGUGCGUGGUGUACGCCAUUCACAACAGGGGAGAUCCUCCAUUUCGAAAUCGGAACGCUGUUGCGAACAUCAGAAGCAAUGCAGAUCGCUUGGGCAGCAUCAUUGGCAGUGCAAGCUGGGCAAAAAUGGGCAAGGAUGUUCUAGGCCUCUUGGCAUCACUUUUGACGCGGUUUCCGGGCGGCAGGCCGAGUGCAGCAGACUUUCAAAAUUCCGAAUAUUUCAACAAUGUUCUGGUGCGAACUCUCAAGUUUAUGGAGCGUGACAAUUUUGCUGGAAGGUCACGCGAGGAGCGCGUUCAAUUCUUGAAGGGCUUGCUCAAGAUUUUAGAGCAAUUCAGCCAGCGGCUUCAACGGCGCAAGGUGCUGCCGGCUUUGCUGGAGUUGAUGAACGACAGAUCUCUGCUGCCUUUCAUUUUGCCCAACGUCUUCGUCAUCAGCACAAACCUGAGCUCGAUCGAGUUCACAAACAACGUGCUGCCCAAGUUGAAGCCGCUUUUCUCCCUGCAAGAUCCUCCUCAAAAUCAGUUGAUUCUGCUUGACCAAAUGGAACUCUUCGUCUCGAAGACGAGCCCACCGGUGUUCCGAGAAGAAGUAACUCCUCUGCUGUACUCGACUCUCGAAGCGGAGCAAGUGAUUGUGCAAGAGCGCGCAUUGCAGGCGGUCCCGCGACUUUGCCAAGUAUUGGAGUACGCACACGUGAAGGAGGUCACCUAUCCAGCACUCGUCAAGCUAUUCGUUGGCACUCGCACGCUGUCCUGCAAGAUCCAGACUCUGAUGUGCUUCCACAGCAUGAUAGAGAUCCUCGACAAGCACACGAUCACCGAGAAGCUGGUGCCGGUCCUUGCCCGAGUCAAGACCCGAGAGCCAAGUGUCAUGAUCGCAAUACUUGCUGUCGAUGAAGCAAUGUCCAAGAAGCUAGACCGCGAAACGCUCGCCGUCCACAUCAUCCCUCAGCUUUGGUCUAUGUCGGUCAGCGCCAAGCUCACGGCGGAGCAGUUCCAGCGAUUCAUGAAAACCGUGCGGGAGAUGGGAGACAGGGUGGAGCGCGAACACCUUGAGUAUUUGAGAGAGCAGCGUCAUCUCCAAGAUCAGACCGAAAGCUACGCCUCUGCCAAUGGAGCGCAUCAAAGCGGUGGUCUCGGCGGUGGUGUGACAGGCAUAGGUGGCUCGACUGGCGAGAUCGACUUCGCCACUCUAGUCGGAAGCGCUGCCGGUGGCAAUUCGAGCUCUGCGCUCGUUGCAAAGGAUGCAGGGACCAACGCUGGCGAUCCUUUCGGCUGGGACGAUUUGGCAUCUGGAACGUCAACCCCAAGCGUUUCAGGGGCCGCGACCGCGCUCACACCUUCUCAUACGGGCACCGCGAGCGGUCUUGCGCGGGCAGCAACAGCACGAAACGCAUCUUCCGCAUAUCUCUCAGGAGGAGUACUUCACCCUCAGAGCACUGGCAACAGUAUUGGAGGCCUGCCUUCAUCUUCGCUGAGCGGCGUGACCUCGCCACCGCUCCGUCCCAACUCAUCUGCUUCUCAAGCUCGGCCAUCCCUCAAUCCGCCACCCCCUCCCUCCAGCUCGCGUGCUCCAAAUAUCAUCCACGCUCGACCAGCUGCACCCACUCCUCCCCCUGGCUGGAGCGGAAGCUCACUGACUCCUUCCCUUAGUGCAUCCUCUCGGCCUGCUCCUCAUACGAACACAUCCUUCUCGGGCACUAGCUCCAGCGGCCCUAAUUACAACAUCUCCCUCGAGCCCGCUUCGAGCUUUGGUAACUCAAGCUCAGGCGCGUUGUCGCUCUCCAGCUCUGGCGGUCUACCACCGUUGCUACCGCAGACGUCUAGUCUUGGCUCAUUCAGUCACACCACCCUCGGCAACUCUCCCGGCAAUUCUUCGAGCUCAAGAGCGGCACCUACCACCUCAGCGCCUGCUCCUACCGCGAGCGCCUCGGGCCUUCCAGGCCCACCGGGUUGGGGAGGCGCGGUUUUGCAGCCGACCCAAAGCGCCACCAGCAAAGCAGCUCAACAAGCAGUGGAUUGGGGCGACUUCGACCCGCUCAAGUAGAUUUAGUCAUUUCUGCUCCAUCACCUUUUGCUAUCAUCUGCUGGCCUCCUACUCUUCCGAUGCGCUAUUUCUUGCCAGUCACGCUGUCAAAAACGUCACUCUACAUUGCUUGCACGCACUCUUUACACCCUUCACACGCGAAUUCAAGUAGACAUAUGC